UUAGAGCUCAAGAUUUCAAGUUUAGUUUCAGUUCCAUAGUAGAAUGGCUCGACAGGGUCAGAUAUUUCUGUUCAGUAUUGUGCUGUACUUCUUUAUCCGUUCUUCUCUUAUUGGCAGCGAAGAACUCGAUGGAGCAUAUUUCACCCAGGUUGCCUUUCAUAAGCUGGAAGGUAACUCACUUCAAACUAUCUCUGUCAGAAGUGUUCUUCAGUGUUGUAUGCGAUGUGAGCGAGUCCCAGAAUGCCUGUCGUUCAACAUCGCUGUCUUGCUCAUGAAAAAUGGCUUGUAUGAAUGCGUGCUGCUAAAAAAUGGUACUAGGGAAUCAACGGAGUAUCUUGUUCCUACACAAGAGUACCAUCACUAUACUCGUUUUGUUGAUAAAUGUGCCAUCCCGAGAUGCAAAAAUAAUGGUGCGUGCGAGACGGUGAGCAACGACUUCCUGUGCCACUGCCCUCAAGGAUUCACUGGUAAACUAUGCGAAAAACAAACAUGCAACGACGGUAAUGCCCUUGGAAUGGAAAGUGGUGUCAUUCCUGAUUCAAACAUCAAUGCUUCUAGCCACUUGAGUUUGGAUGACCUACCACAUCAUGCAAGACUUCAUGGAAAUAAACAAUGGAGUCCCAAAGUUCAUGAUAGCAACCCGUGGCUUCAAGUGGAUUUGGGCAAGGUUACCAUGGUUUCAUGUAUUGCAACUCAAGGAACCCGAUUUGGUGACUGGACGAAGACCUACAGCCUACAAUAUGGCUUGAACAGUUCCUCCUUUGAAGAUUAUCAGGCAAGAUCUUGAUGGGAAACAAUGACGCUAACACUGUAGUCAAGAAUGCUCUGCAACCUGCCAUCAAUGCAAGGUACAUCAGGAUUCUACCUAAAACUUUUAGCAGUGGUAUAGCCUUACGGAUUGAGUUAUUUAUCUAACUUUGCCUCCAGUUCAAAAUAAGAAGGGGGAAAAAUGAUACAAAUAUAGAUACAUGAGGUUCUGAGGCAGGGAAUUAUCAACGAGUAUGUUAAGAGCUUUUAGACCAUUCUAAGAAGCUCGUGACUUUCUACUAUUAAUGAAUUGCUCAAAAUAAAGUUUUCCUGUCAUUUGCUUGGGCGCUGUAUUUGACGAAACCAAUAACCAUGUGAA